AUGUUGAUAGCACCACUGUUGUCGUCGGUGGCGACGUUGGCAUCAGCGUCGCCUGUCUACCAGCAUCGUGUUGGGAGACCGGUUCGGAAAGUUGCCUACCAUCACGUGAUACAGGAGUCAGUGCGGGACGUGCCGUCCAAGUUUUUGUUCCCCGGUGAAUCCAGGUCUAUUUUCGAGGCUGAUAGUGCCGAUAAUGAUGCUGCGGUCGAGGAACAGCCGACCGCAGCAACCGCAAAUAGAAUGGAAUUCUUUAGGGACGACUUGUCAGGUCAUUCCUUCUGGUCUCUUCAUGCGGACGCCACACGAGAACACCCUUUGGGCGAACAAUUCCGAGUCCCCAGAGCCAAGCCUAACAAUCUGCAGAAGCACUUCCCAGAAGCGGAGAGAAAGAAGGAAGAAACAGAGAAAUCUGGAGACAACAUGCGCCGCCGUCGAGGACAAGUAACAGACAAGUUCGUCGAGGACAGCUCUAGUGCGGUGGUGAUGGAGGAAGAUGCUACUUCUCUCGGUAGAGAACAUGACCACACGUAUAGCUCUGCCACUCCGGACCGUCCCAAAAACUACCAAGGGUACAAUGUGACAGUUGAGGUGACCCACAAUGUGUCAGAGCAUGAGGACGAAGACAAAAGCAACCAUGACACUGCGUCUACCGUUCUCACGAGCAGCAUCAGGGUACAAGAUAAUUCCACUUCCACAACGCAAUCUACGUAUCAACCUCUCCGUAUUAAAGCCAUAUUGUCAGAACAACGAGACGGAGGAGAAUUUCUCACACCCAAGGCUCUGAAUGUGUUGAUGAAUGAUAUCAUAGGACCAGCACUCGGCACAUGGAGUGCAGCACUUCGGGUAGAUCCUGUGGUUGGGAAUCUCACGGUGGAUGAAUAUCAGCUAUUCGACAACCAGACAUGUGGUCCGGGAUUAGACAGUGGCUUACCGUCUCCGAAAGUACCUUCGUACCAUUUGACGGAAGGAACGCCCGAGACAGACAUGAUUCUCUACAUGAGUAUUGGUUUCGCUCCCAGUGCGUUCCAUUUGAGAAACUUUGUGGUUAAUGCAUCUACCUGGUUGGAAAUAUACGGCAACGGCACGAACGCGUCUUCUGCAGAAGAGCAGAAACCGUACUUGGAAUGGACGAGCAGCCCCACAAGUCCGCCAUCGUUAGAGCCCACCGUCGCCGACAACCAAAAUAAGAAUGGAGGAACUGCACGAGUCCGAAAUCAACUCCCAGAAUCGUCACCGGAGCCCAUGAUAUGCACAGGAGAUUAUGUUGCCGCAGCAUCCUAUUGCUCCACUGACCAGUACGAUCGACCAACUGCGGGAAUGCUGCAUGUUUGUAUUGACGAACAUUUCUUUUCGAAAUCCAGGAAAAACAAUACCAUCGCGAUUAUCAUGCAUGAAGUUGGGCAUGCCUUGGGAUUCAACUCGAGGAGCAUGGCCCACUUUCGAAGGCCAGAUGGAACUCCCGUGACUCCUCGUGUGAACGGUGAAAUUGUUGAAACGGAGGUCGAAUGCACAGGGCCAACAACUGUUCGAAGAUAUGCCAACGUGACUUUGCCGUCGGAAGAAAUCCUUAAAUUUCGGAGCGUCCGAGGAGGCGUCCGAGUUGCCGAAGUAGUCACUCCGUCGGUUGUACAAGUUGUACGAAAUCAUUUCGACUGUCAAGAGUUAACCGGGGCCGAACUCGAAAGCGGAGAAUAUUCUCCGCUGGCGGGAGACCCAGAGGAACAAGCUUGCAUCGGUGACCACUGGGAAAGACGUCUCUUCCGGAACGACCUGAUGAAUCCUGUGGUUGAACAAGUCGAAUAUGCACCGUUCAUUUCGACCAUCACUUUGGCUUAUUUCGCCGAUUCGGGUUGGUAUCAAGUUGACCUGUCCAUGGCUGAACUGGCUGCAAGCUGGGGGAGAGGAGCCGGUUGUAGCUUUGUCGAAGACCCGUGCAUCGGUGAAGACGGGCAAGUGCCUCAAAGCAACAAACCAUUCUUCUGCAAUGCAGCCCCCAAGGUGACAAAGAAGGGAAUGGUUGUAGCAAUCGACGGAUGUACCGCUGAUCUCACCAGGAAGGCAACUUGCUCGCUCGGAGAUUACGAAGCAGAGCUACCACCGGAGUACCAGUACUUUGGAGCAGAGUCGGUGGGAGGAAGCGACGAGUUUCUCGACUAUUGUCCCACGUACGAAGGUUUUACCAAUGGCCUUUGUAUUCACCAAGAGAAUGCCGCUCUUCUUCAAGUCAACCACAUUGAAAGAUUUGGCACUAGAAACUCGCGUUGUCUGUCCGGAGUAGUGGAGGCACAUUCCACAGCGCUCUGUCUCCCAAUUGCGUGUGUCGUGGAGGAUCGGUCGCUUCACGUGAAGAUUGACGGGACCUGGAGAUCGUGUGAAAAAAUCGACUCGGAAUUGAAGGUCUUUGAAGACGGAUAUGUUGUUUGUCCUGAUCCCAGGCGAGUGUGUCCUACAUUUUACUGUCAUCAUGAUUGUCUCGGUACGACUGGUCGCUGUGACUACGAAAAGGGAGAAUGCGUAUGCAGCUAUCCCAAUGCCACUGAUCCUGAAGCGGCCGAGACACAAGUUUUUGGGAUUUGCCAGAAACAGCAAUACCAGAGUCCCUUUGCGGCGAAUGCCUUGAAUCGGUCGCUUGUGAUGCCCCACAAGUUGUCGCCUCUGGCGGACUACUACGUACCCUACAAAGUGUCCCUUCAAGAUGACCAGGUGCAGCUUUUGACGGCUUGGCAGAUGAUGCUCUUGACUGUUGCAGUCUUCGCUAUUGUUGCGGCUCUCUUUUGGUAUUUCAGAUUGCGGGGUGGAGUUGAUAUUGUCGAGGACGGGGGUGACGACGGCGACGAGCCGGAAGAGGCGCCGGUUCGUAACCCCAACAAGGAUAAGAUGAUUGCAGCUGUUUUGGUUGAUAUGCGAAUGCAUUCACCUGAUGCUUCGUCUGUGGCACAAACCGAUGAAACCGCUACAGCCAGCAUUUAUGGUAUGGAGAGCUCAGCAAGCGUCGAUUCUUCUGUGUGCCAAUCCUCCCUUGAUACGGAUGACAGAGCAUCUGUGGCCAGCGAAGAGCUGUUGGAAGACGUGGAAGAAAAGGAAGCGAAACGAAAGAGUUUUAUGCGGAAACGAAGAUUCCGAGCGCAAUGGAAUCAAGAAUCGACCAUGGCUUCCUUUUGA